UGCUGUAUCCACUGCGCCACCUAGCUGCCCCUGCACCUUUCUUCUGAACCACUUCAAAUCUGCUUUCUCCAAAUCUAGAGUACAGUCAGAUUACAGGGGGUUUUUUUAUAGUUUGAUUUUAUAGUAAAAAAUUUUAUCACAAUGUUAUGAAAGAUUUUGUAACAUUAUGUACAUUCUCUUAUCCUGUGAUUUAAUAUUAAAAAUAUAUUUUCAAAUGUUAGGAAAAAUUCUGAUCAAUUUAACAUGAGUAUACAUUAUAAUUUCAAAAUUAUAGCUUAAGCAUUUUUCCUUCAUCACAUUUAAAAUCAUUCGAAGGCCCAUAUGCAGUUUUACAUUCUUACCAAAAAAAAUUUUUUUGAAAUAUGUUUUUUGCACUAAAUGAAACCUUACUGCUUAUACCUUUACAAUAGAGGAAACAAUGCAAAUUUUUUGCAGCAAACAUACCUCAAUUACAUUAGGAAAAUUUUAUAGGGGAAAAAACAGGUAAAUCAUUGUUUAAGACAAUUGAAGGGAAGUGAAGGAGGUUGAUUUAUUUCUAGGAGUCACUUAACAUAGCAAAAUAAUUAUAGAUUUUUGCUUUUUUUUUUAAAAAUAAAUCUAACAUUAAAAAUACCCUAUGAUUUUUCAAAACACUUUUUUAUAACCUAGAAAACAAUAAAGAAAUAAAUACAUAUGUAUCAAUUAAGAGUCAAAUAACAUCUUGUGUUCUAUAAUUUCAUUUGAGUAAUACUCAUGCAUCAGAAAAGAAUGUCAGAAGUGUUCAUAAAGACUGAGAAGACAUUAUCAAAUAUUUCCCCUGCCCUCCAUCACAUGGAAAAUAAAAAUCCGUGGUGAAAAUAUGAGGUUGUGAUAUAAAAUACAUUUAGUAUAAUACAUUUUAUAAACCUGACUACCUUUUAAUUUGCCAGGGGCUAUUUUCUACUCAAGGAACAGGUAUUAUCACAUGUAACAAAUCUUGCUUCUGUUUUUCAAAAUAAUAGUGUCUGAGAAGAACAAAGGAAGAUAGAUAUUCCUUCCCUUCUUGUUGAAUUCUUCCUCUUCCCUUCUUUGCAGAUGUGGUGGAUUAUAUUUGUAGAAGGCGACUUACCGUGUCUGAGUCAAUAAAUGUGUUAAAUUAGAUUUGCUGAACUGCUUUUUCUCUCUUUUUAUUCUUUGUUAUAAGGAAUGAUUCUUUGUAUAGGGAAGAGGGAAGAAUAUUAUUGGGGGGGAAGGCAAUGUAAAAAAUAUUUUAGUAACAUUUGAAAAUACAACCUAGGACUUUGUCAGAUUGAUAAAAGCAAACUCAAUGAAGCUAUGAGAGCAGCUAGGUGGUGCAGCUGAUAGAGUGCCACUGCCAGGAGUCAGGAGGACCUGGGUUCAAAUUUAAGCUUAAACACUUACUUAUUGUGUGUCCCUGGGUUAAGUCAUUUAACCUUGUUUGUCUCAGUUUCCUCACCUAUAAAAUGAGCUAGAGAAGGAAAUGGCAAACAACUCCAUUAUCUUUGCCAAGAAAACCCUAAAUGGGAUCAGGAAGAAUCGAGCAGGACUGAACCACUGUGCCUAAAAUUUCCUGAUCCUGUUCUCCUCUGUUUCUUUUGAAAAUUUGAACAUUUUUCUCGUGUUCUUCACGAUUUUGCAAAUAUGAGUGACAAUAGCUCAGCAAUCCUAUAUGCCAGUUUUUUAAUACUAAGGGAGAAAGUAGGCACAGCUAGGUGGUUAGAAUUCAGGGGGUGGAAUCAGGAAGACCUGAGCUCAAAUCCAAGUUCAGGCACUUGCUAGCUGUGGCCCUGGACAAGUCACGUCACCCUAGUUUCUACAUCUAUAAAAUGGGGCCCAUAACAGCACCUGUUCCCCGGGUUGUUAUGAGGACCAGAUGAGACAGUCCUUGUAAAGUACUUAGCCAUAAGUACUUUACACAUAGCGUGUUCCAGCACGCCUGGAACAUAGUAAGCACCAAGUAAACGUUAGCUCUGAGUUUUAUUGAGCCCAUCUACCAGACGACUGGGAUUCCUCAAGGCCCAGCCAAACGCUCUCCACGUCUCCUGCUUUCCCUCGGGUCAGUCUCCUUGACAGAGGAAACAGACACGAAGCGAGCACGGCCUGGCUCUGCUUCUCCCCGUGUCCGUGAUCCUCGUCCCACGGACCCCACACAGGGCCCGGCCCUUCUUUGAUCCUCGGCUUUUCCCCAACAUCGCUUUCCUAAAACACAGCCCAGGCCAAAGCAAAGCCUUCCGUCGUCCCGCGGUCCCAGUUGGUGGCCCGAGCCCCCUUGACCUGUCCUGCUCCUCUUGGAAGCCCCAGGGGGCUGAGCGAGCCUUCCGGGCAUCCUGCCCCAGCCCGUGGUUUCCCUCCUCAGAGUCGUGGCUUCCCUGCGUACUUCCGUCACCUCCUGCGUGAAGAUGCUAGUGCACAGAGCAUUUCGUUAGAGUCGCGGCCUGUGGUGACUGGCUGCCGGAGUAGGAGAGACUGCGGGCUGGACGACCCUCGGAGGAGACCCAGGGCCCCUAGAGGUCUGAGACCCCACGUCUGGUGACUCCCCGUGAGCUCUGGCGCUGUGAAGACCACGCACUAGAGCCUUUGCCUCUGGGGCCUCUGCUCUUCCCAGGAGGCGGUUUCACAGGGUGCAAAAGGGAUGGUUCCUGUACUCCUGACAGCCAGGCCUGGAAGGAAAUCAGUGACAUUCAAAGAUGUGGCUGUGGAAUUCACUCGGGAGGAAUGGCUGCAUUUGAACCCGUCUCAGAAAAAGUUGUACAGGGAUGUGAUGUUGGAGAACUAUCGGAGCUUGGUCUCUUUAGGAUUUGCAGUUUCCAAACCAGAUGUGAUCUACCAGUUAGAAAGAAAAGAAGCAUUUUGGAUGCCAGAGACAGAUAUCAUCCCAAGAAGCAGCUGUCCAGGGAACAAAGAAUUUACUGGAGAAAAACCUUAUGAAUUUAAUGAAUGUGGUAAAGCUUUCAGACUGGGCACACAAUUUACUCAGCAUCAGAGAAUUUAUACUGGAGCAAUUCCUUAUAAAUGUAAGGAAUGUGGGAAGGGCUUCCGUUAUGUGUCACAGUUUAUUGAACAUCAAAGAACUCAUACUGGAGAAAAACCUCAUGGAUGUAGUGAAUGUGGAAAGGCCUUCAGACAGAGGAUACAACUUACUCAUCACCAGAGAAUUCAUACUGGAGAGAAGCCUUAUAAAUGUGGUGAAUGUGGAAAGGCCUUUAGAGUGAAGAAACAAUUUAUUCAACAUAGGAGAAUUCAUACUGGAGAGAAGCCUUAUGAAUGUGAUCAUUCUGGGGAGGCCUUCAGACUUAGGCCACAGCUUACUCAGCAUCAAAGAAUUCAUUAUGGAGAAAAACCAUUUGUAUGUAACGAAUGUGGGAAAGGUUUCUUUUGGAAUUCAGAUUUCAUGCAACAUCAGAGGAUUCAUACUGGAGAGAAACCUUAUGAAUGUAACAUAUGUGGGAAGGCUUUUAGACUGAAGACACAGCUUACUCAGCAUAAGAGAAUUCAUACUGGAGAGAAGCCUUAUAAAUGUGAUGAAUGUGGGAAGGCCUUCAGAGUGGGGACACAAUUUAUUCAUCAUCAGAGAAUACAUACUGGAGAGAAGCCUUAUGAAUGUAAUGAAUGUGAGAAGACUUUCAGACUGAGAGAACAACUUAUUCUACAUAAGAAAAUUCAUCCUGGAGAAAAACCGUUUGUAUGUAAUGAAUGUGGGAAAGGCUUCUUUUGGAAUUCAGAUUUCAUGCGACAUCAGAGAAUUCACACUGGAGAGAAACCUUAUGAAUGUAAUGAAUGUGGAAAGGCCUUCAGGCUGAAGACACACCUUACUCGGCAUCAGAGAAUUCAUAGUGGAGAGAAGCCUUAUAAAUGUGAUGAAUGUGGGAAAGCCUUCAGCAGCAAUCCAUCACUUAAUGCACAUAAGAAAAUUCAUGGAGAGAUGCCUUAUGAAUGUAAGGAUUGUGGGAAGGCCUUCCACUACAACUCAGAUCAUAUUCAACAUCAGAAAAUUCAUACUGGAGAGAAACCUUAUAAAUGUAAUGAAUGUGGGAAAGCCUUCCGCCUUACUGUACAACUUACUCGACAUAAAAGAAUUCAUACUGAAGAGAAACCUUAUAAAUGUGAUGAAUGUGGAAAUGCAUUCAGACAGAAGAUACAGCUUACUGUGCAUCAAAGAAUUCAUACUGGAGAGAAGCCUUAUAAAUGUGAUGAGUGUGGGAAGGCCUUCAGAAUAGGAAAACAAUUUAUUCAACAUCAGAGAAUACAUACUGGAGAGAAGCCUUAUGAAUGUAAUCAUUGUGGGGAGGCCUUUAGACUGAGGGAACAACUUACGCGGCAUCUGAAAAUUCAUCCUGGAGAAAAACCAUUUGUAUGUAAUGAAUGUGGGAAAGGCUUCUUUUGGAAUUCAGAUUUCAUGCGACAUCAGAGUAUUCAUACUGGAGAGAAACCUUAUGAAUGUAAUGAAUGUGGGAAGGCCUUCAGACUGAAGACAGAGCUUUCUCGGCAUCAGAGAAUUCAUAGUGGAGAGAAGCCUUAUAAAUGUGAUGAAUGUGGGAAGGCCUUCAGUAGCAAUCCUUCACUUAAUACACAUAAGAAAAUUCAUACUGGAGAGAUGCCUUAUGAAUGUAAGGAUUGUGGGAAGGCCUUCCACUACAACUCAGAGCUUAAUCGACAUCAAAGAAUUCAUACUGGGGAGAAACCUUACAAAUGUAAUGAAUGUGGGAAAGCCUUCCGCCUCACUGUGCAACUUACUCGACAUAAAAGAAUUCAUACUGGAGAGAAACCUUAUGAAUGCAAUGAAUGUGGGAAGACCUUUAGACGGAGGAUAAAACUUACUGUGCAUCAGAAAAUUCAUACUGGAGAGAAGCCUUAUAAAUGUGAUGAAUGUGGAAUGGCCUUCAGAAUAGGAAAACAAUUUAUUCAGCAUCAGAGAAUACAUACUGGAAAGAAGCCUUAUGAAUGUGAUCAAUGUGGGGAGGCUUUCAGAUUGAGGCCACAGCUUACUCAGCAUCAGAGAAUUCAUACUGGAGAGAAGCCUUAUAAAUGUAAUCAUUGUGGGGAGGCCUUUAGACUGAGGGAGCAGUUUACUCAGCAUCAGAGAAUUCAUACUGGAGAGAAGCCUUAUAAAUGUGAUGAAUGUGGGAAGGCCUUCAGAGUAGGAAAACAAUUUGUUCAACAUAGGAGAAUACAUACUGGAGAGAAGCCUUAUAAAUGUAAUCAUUGUGGGGAGGCCUUCAGACUGAGGCCACAACUUAUUCAGCAUCAGAGAAUUCACACUGGAGAGAAGCCUUAUAAAUGUGAUGAAUGUGGGAAGGCCUUCAGAGUAGGGAAACAAUUUAUUCGACAUCAGGGAAUACAUACUGGAGAGAAGCCUUAUGAAUGUAAUUAUUGUACAAAGGCUUUCAGACUGAGACAUCAGCUUACUCAGCAUCAGAGAAUUCAUACUGGAAAAAAGCCAUUUGUAUGUAAUGAAUGUGGAAAAGGCUUCUUUUGGAAUUCAGAUUUUAUUCGACAUCAGAGUAUUCAUACUGGAGAAAAAACUUAUAAAUGUGAUGUAUGUGGGAAGGCCUUCAGACGGAAGUCAGAGCUUCCUCGGCAUCAGAGUAUUCAUACUGGAGAGAAGCCUUAUGAAUGUAAUGAAUGUGGGAAGGCUUUCAGACUGAGGGCACAGCUUACUCAGCACCAGAGAAUUCAUUCUGGUGAAAAACAUUUUGAAUAUAAUGUGUGUUGAAAGACCUUCUGUAUGAGUUCAGAAAUUACUCUGCAUCAGAGGAUUCAUAUGAGAGAAAACUUAAGGAUGCGAUGGAGGAAUGUGAGAAGGUUUUCAAGAUUAAGACCCAGAUUGCAGUGCAUCAAAGAAUUCCUACUGAAGGGAUUCCGUAUGAAUAUAAAUUGUAUGGGAAUGCCUUCCACUAUACUCCAGAGCUUAUUCAAUGUCAAAGAAUCCUUAUCAGAAAGAAAAUCUUUGAAUGUAAUAUAUUUGGGAAAACCCUCCACCUGAAUUCAGAACUUACUUGACAUCUGGGAGUUUGUACUGCUAAGAAACAUGAAUGUGGAAAUGUCUUCAGUCAUACCACAGAACUUAUUUGACAUGAGAGAAUUCUUACUGGAGAAGAAAUCUUAUAAAAGCAGUUAACGUGAGAAUGUCUUCAGAUUGUGGGCACACCUUACUAUGAAUCAGAGAAAUUAUACUAAAGAGAACACUUAGUGAAUAUGGGCUUUUAGGCUUUCAGAGCAAGAAUGGUGGAGUAAAGCCAGCAUUUUUUUCCAAGUUGUCCCAACACACCCCCUCCAUAGCAGCUUUAAAAAUGCACCAAACUGAAUUCUGAGUGAAAGUGAAGGAAAAGUCACAGUAACUUAUUUUUAACAGGAACUUAGGAAGUCAGAGAGGUAGGUAGGCAUUGAAGUGGGAACUGGCCAGGAGUGCAGUGCAUAGGGUAUAAGCCCAGCAGUGCUGAGUGGCCUAGUGCCCAAAGAAGGUAAGGGGAUUAAACAUUUGGUCAAAAAGAUUCCAGGGGACACCUGUGCUGGCACUAGGUACAGCAUCAGGUGCCAUUUGGCAGUUAUUACCCACUUCAGGUUUGUUAAUUCCAGUACAGAACGGAGCAGUUACAGUGGCAAAGGAGCAGAUAACCUUACUUAGUUAAGGUAAGGUACUAGCUUGUAGACCAAAGAGCAGUGACCUGACUUCUCCCUGGAUCAGACUCUCUUAGAAGCAACAAAAACUUACAAGUCCCUAGGCUUAACCUCAGAAAGCAGUAGGACAUAAAAAUCAGAAGACAAGACUGGAAAGAUGUCCCCAGAAGUGAACAGAACCGAACACUAACAAAAAGUCCAAACUCAAAGAAAUAGGCUAGAAAAAUGAGCAAACUACAAAAAUACAAAUGAACAACAACAACAAAAAAAAGAAUCUGACAGUAAAAAGCUUCUGUGGGCCCAGGGAAGCUCAAGACGAACUCAAAGCCAAUGGCUUACAAAUGUCUACAGUGAAAGCCUCAAAGAAAAAUGCAGAUUGGACACAAGCCCAAAAAGAAUUCCUUGACAAACUCAAGAUUUUUUUUUUAUUAGAGCUAAAUUUAAAUCAAGUAAGAGUGGUAAAGCAAAGUUUGGGAGAAUAAAUAAGAGCUAUUAUGACACACGAAUUAACAGCUUGAUAAAAGAUACACAAAAAAAGUACUGAAAAUAAUUUCUUACAAAACAGAAUUGGCCCAAACUGUUAAAAGAGGCACAAAAAAUCUCACAGAAGAAAAUAACUUCUAAAAAUUAGAAUUGGUCAAAUGGAAGCUAAU